CGGACGCAGUUCAGUCGCAUCGCAGUCGCCGCCGACGUCGCAGUAGCUGAAUUCCGAUUGGAAGUGAACUUAAAAUUCGAAGCGGGCAAUUUUUGUUUAUUUUUAUUUGGUUCGUUUUUCUAUGUUUUUUGUGUUUUAUUUUUUUGUGAAAAUGUCACCGGCUAAGCAACAAUUUGCCAUGAAUGAGCGUUGAGAAAAUUAAAACCAAAAGAGAACCUUUUGGAUACAAAAAAAAAAAAAAAAAGGGGGGGAGAUAAAGGAGAUUGAAAAACACUCAAAAUGAAAUUGUGGAAAUCAAAGAAGCCCAUUUCGGGCUGUGUGCCUGGAAAAUCAGCGGCCCUCAAGCAGGACCAACAACAACAACAGCAACAGGACUCCCUCAACAACGGAUCCUUCAAUGGACAGCAUCACCAUUCACAGCAGCAUCCGCAGUCGGACAGUAGCGGCAUCGCCUUGGCGCCCAUGUUAUCCGUUGACCGCGCCAUGAGUCCGGCGCAAUCGGAGGACUCUGGACUGGCCCCGGAAAGGGGCACCACCUAUGCCACCAUUACCCUGCCACGGAAUGCCCUGCAUUUAGCCAUCACAUUUGCAGAACGCAACGACCUAUCGUAUCCGCCGGUGGUGGGUGCUUUGAGUCCCGUGGGCCAUGCGGCGGACUUCCUGGCGCCCGGCGAUCGCCUCCAUCAGAUCGAUGGCAUCUCCACAAUUGGCCUGAGCAACCAGAAGGUAAUGAAUAUGCUUUGCUCUGGAGGAUCAGAGUCAGGUCCCGCCAUUGUGGAGAUUGAAUACUCGCUGCCCGAAUACACAGUUUCCCAGAACAGCCUGUGCGUGACCUCGAAGCUGGCACAGAUCACAGUGGAGCGGGAGAGCGGCUGCUUGGGUCUAACGCUGCGCGGUGGGGCCGACUACCCGCUGAUUGUCACCCAUGUUCGGCCCCAUGGACCCGUCUACAAGACCGGACGCAUCAAGCCCGGCGACCGGCUGCUGCGCGUCGAUAAUGUCUCGCUGAUAGGCAAGACCUUGGCGGAGGCCCAGCAGAUCAUCAAGUGCGGCGGCCAUGUCUCCGGCUACACCAACCUGACCAUCGAGUACGAUGUCUCUGUGGUGCAGAGCGUCGAGUUCUCGAUGGGACCGCUGCUCAUCGAGAUCGAGCGUCCGAUGAACGACAAAUUGGGUUUGGUUCUUUGCAACUAUACGCCCGCAGUGGCCGCCUCUGGAUCUGGAUCGAGCACACCCCCCAGCAGCGCCCAGGAGAAGAUUGAGGAGUCGGCAGGGGUCUUUAUAGCCAGCAUCCUGCCAGCCAGCAUUGCGGAUCGUUGUGGUGCCUUAUCCGUUGGCGAUCAGGUGCUCUCCAUCGACGACACCAUGAUCGAGCACAACGCCUUCAGUCCCGACGAGGUGAUGACCAUAUUGGACACCGGCACAGGUCGCGGCUACACACAGAUGCAGAUCAUGCCCGCUCACGCGCUGGCCCGCCGCGGUCACACGGCCCUGGGCAGUCCCAAGUACAGCUUUAGCACCCUGGAGUCCCGCAAAUCGACGGCGGGUCGCCAGCGUCAGCGUUUCGCCCGGAAGAGCUCCCUGCCUUUGGAGGGGCCCUUGUCUUCAGCCGCUUCUGUACCAGCUGGAGGAACCAGCAACAUGGGUCUGGGCCUUUGCCGGGCGGAAAGCUUUCCCGUGCUCCUCGACUGCAGCCACGGGGCGGGAAUUAUCCUGGCAGAUGCCCUAGGAAACGGCACAGGAGCCGGAACAGCAGCUGGUUCUGGAGCUGCAGCUGGAGCAGUGACCAUAGCCAAGAUCCUGGCCGACUCGGUGGCCGAUCGCAGCGGCUGCAUUCAGGCUGGCGAUCGCAUCGUGGCCAUCAAUAAGAUGUACAGCCUAGAUGCGGCGGCCAUGCGGCAACUGCUGGAGGGCGGCAACGCCAACCGAAGUGGAGGGGGAGGCGGCGGGGGAGUUGCCGCACCCGCCAACUGGCUGGAGCUGGAGAUCGAGUUCGAUAUGCCGGACGCCGUGGUGCCCUCCAGCGGUGUGUUCAGCGUGAAGCUCCUGCGCGCCGGCAAGUGUGGCCUCGGCCUCAGUGUCAGCGGCUCCAGUCACGGCGGCCUGGUCAUUGCGGACGUAAAGAUGGGCAGUCCGGCCCAUCGUAGCGGUUCCCUGCGCUCCGGCGACAUCCUGCUGGCCGUGGAUCAGCACCCAGUUCAGCACUUUAACGUGGACGCCCUUCUCAAGGAGGAGGCACGCGGACCGCACAGCAGCAAUUCAGACUUUACCACGCUGACCAUCAAGCGGGUGGUCCUUCCCGAUUUCCUGCCCAUGUCCAGUCCCAUCUAUAGCAACUGUCCCCCCGUGGGCCUGGGACUGGGAUUGGCAUCUUCUGGCGGGGAUCAUGACCUCUACAGCAGCGCCUAUGUGACUUCGUCUGGGAAAUAUGCCGACUGUGUCUCCCUUAAGUCGCGGACGCCGCAGCCGGACUACUUUCGGGUGCCCAGCAUGGACGAUGCCAGCCUGCAGUCUGUCCAGCUAAGACAUGGACCGGGAGCGGGUUCAGGGUCGGGUCAGGGUCAGAGCAAUGGCUGGCCAAGCAACAGCCGGUCCUUUGUGUCCCCGCCGAACACGCAGAGCCUCACCACCGAGCUGCCCGAGGAGGAGGAUGAGCAGGAGCAGCUGUAUCCCGGCUACGAGCUCAAUCGCUAUGCCAGCGUGGACUGCACUGCCCUGCCGCCGCCCAUGGAGAGCAAGGUCUACGGUUCGGCAGCCAGUUCGAGCAGCAAGAGCAGCGGGAGCAGCCUUCACCAAAUCAUCUUUACGGUCCGCCUGGAGCCCAAGGGGGGCCUGCUGGGCAUCACCCUGGCCGGCAGCGAGGACAUCACCAAGCCCAUCACCAUCAGUGGUCUGGUUGAAGGAGGCAUUGCCCACAAGAAUGGCCAGAUCCAUGUGGGUGACCAGCUGUUGGCCAUUGACGAGCACUCGGUGCAGGGCAUGCCGCUAUCCCAUGCCACCAGCCUGCUGCAGAAUCUUGGUGAGCUGGUUGACCUGAAGAUCCUGCGCAGCCAUGACCUUGCCAAUGGCAGCAGCAGCGGUGGCGGCGGCGGCGGCGGCGGCGGCGGAGACAGUCAUCUUCUACCCCAAACCCAGGCCAUUUAUGCCAAGGUCCAGAGGCGUCCGCGCAGUCCCUCGGCCAACACGGAGGCCAGCAAGGAGUCCAACAACAAUAACAGCAAUGCCAACGGAAGUGGGAACACAAAUGGAAAUGCCAAUGGCAAUGGCAAGCCUCGAAUCUUCCAUGUGACCCUGUACAAGGACAAGGUGUACGACGACUAUGGCUUCUCGGUGUCGGAUGGCCUGUACGAAAGGGGUGUCUUUAUCAACAGGAUCCGGAGCGGUGGUCCUGCGGAUAUGUGCGGUCUGCUGAAGCCCUUCGAUCGGAUCAUGCAGGUAAAUGAGAUGAAGACGCAGGACUUUGACUGCUGCCUGACUGUUCCGCUGAUUGCUGCCGCCGGGGACAAGAUCGAGAUGAUUAUGCAGCGCUCUGAGUAAUCCCAGGAGGCGCUGCUUUAUGUUAAACUAGUUGUACGCUGAGCUUAAUCCUAAGUGCCAUUUUUAGCCCAUAAUAAUUCCUGUGCCCGGUAUCUGUAUCAAGAUAUUACGAUAUUUCGAUAGCGCGAUAUUUCCGAUUUCCCUAAAAAAAAAUAUCACUAAGAUCAGAGCUUAGAGAGCUGGCCAGGAUCAAAGUUAUCAAUACAGUUCAUCGAUUAUUUCGAUAACAAUAUCGAUUUUAAAUUCAUCACCGUCCUGGCCAGCUCUAGCGAAUAUCGAAAUGCCGAAGUACAGUCUGCCGUAACCAAAUAAUGUCCUCUUUAUACUAGAUCUGCCAUAAUUCUACUUUAAUUCUAUGCUAAAUUUGUUUUCUAGCAAAUAAAUAAUAAUACUGAAAGUUUGUUCAAAACUAAAA